CCCUAAAAGCAGAAGGCGCCGCUACUGCUCGCACCACUCCAUCCACCAACCUCCCGGCGGAAUCACGACAGACGCAAGCGGUCGAGCCUCCAGUAGCUCCAGAUCGAGUGAAAUCAAUGGAGUGGAGUGCAAAAAAACAACAUACCUGUAAAAAUGAUGGAAUGGCAGGGAGCGCUUCUUUUACUCACACUACGAUAGAAGGUCAGGGAAUGGUUAAUUCAUCAGGAUAUGAAUAUGAAGUAUUCUUGAGUUUCAGAGGAAAAGAUACUCGAACAGGUUUUACCAGCUUCCUGUACACUAUUAUGAUAGAUGCGGGAAUCCGCGUCUAUAAGGAUGACAGAGAGCUCCGCAAGGGGGAAAGUUUUGGCUUGGACCUUCUCCAAGCAAUUAAUCAAUCAAAGAUCUCAAUACCUAUAUUUUCAAAAGGUUAUGCCUCUAGCGUAUGGUGUCUCAAGGAGCUAGUUCAGAUGUUUGAGUGUCAAAAAACUAGGGGACAAAAGAUUAUGCCAAUUUUUUAUGACGUGGCACCUUCAGAGGUUCGAUACCAAACUGGGGGUUAUGAAGUGGCGUUUCUUUCACAUGAAAACAAGAAGCGAUAUGACGAAGAGACUCUGUGUGAGUGGAAGGCUGCUCUUAGCGCAGUGGGGGAACUAGAUGGAUGGGACUUGCAAAGCAUGCCCAAUAGGGAAGAAGGUGAGAUCGCAAAAAGAGUUACCCAGGAGGUUUUCAAUGAGUUGAAAAAAGCUUAUUUGGUGGUAUCGAACAACUUGGUCAGUGUGGCCCCCCAUGUGGAUAAAAUCAUCGAAGAAAUAGGUGCUCACACAAGUGAAACGCGGAUUGUAGGAAUUCAUGGGAUGGGUGGUGUUGGAAAGACAACAAUUGCCAAAAUCAUCUUCAAUGAGCUUUCCAACAAGCACAAUAGUUGUUGCUUCCUUUCCAACGUUCGUGAAACAUCAAAGCUCAAGGGCAUUGAGUACUUGCAGCAGCAGCUCAUCUCCGACAUCCUCAAGAUGAAAGGGACGGAUAUAAGAAACAUUGAUGAAGGGAUUAAGAUCAUUAAAGAUAGGUUCCCUACUCACAAAGCCCUCAUUCUUCUUGAUGAUGUGGAAGAAAAGGAUCAUAUGGAUGCACUUGUAGGCAAGCGUGAUUGGUUUGGUGAAGGGAGCAAACUUAUUAUUACUACAAGAAGGAAAGAUGUUCUCCAUGUUCCGGAAGUGGACUGGACAUAUGAGCUUAUGGGCAUGGAUCCCCAUCAAUCUCUUCAACUUUUUAGCAAACAUGCCUUCAGAAGAGAUUCUCCUUUAGAUGAGUACAUCAACCAUACCAAAAGGGCGGUACAGAUUGCCAGAGGUCUUCCAUUAGCCCUCGAGGUCAUAGGUUCACUUUUAUCCCGCAAAAAAAAAAGAAAUGUGGGAUGCCACAUUGAACUUGUUAGAAAGUGUUCCUCCUGAUGAAGUUCAGAAUAAGCUGAAAAUAAGUUAUGAUGCAUUAGAUUCUCGGCAGAAGCAUAUAUUCCUUGAUAUAGCUUGUAAUUUCAUUGGAUAUUCCAAAGACAUUGUGGUUAUUUUCUGGGAUGCAUCUAAACUUUUUCCAGAAGCAAACUUGGAAGAUUUGCAGAACAUGUCUUUGAUAAAAAUUAAAGAACAUAAUGAAUUGUGGAUGCAUGAUUUACUUAGAGACCUCGGAAGAGAAAUAGUUCGUCAAGAAAGUAAGAUGAAAAUUGAGAAGCAACGUUGGGUGUGGGAUCCCAAGGAAGGAUUGGAUCUGCGUUGAAGAGCCAUGAGGUAAAAUUCCCUGUAAAAAUAAAUCUCCAAGUUACUUAUGGACAUUUUCUUUUCAAAAGGAGGCAAUUAUUUUUUGUAUUCUCUAGCACUGUUGCGACCUACUCAACCAAUAUUUUUGCUCUUUUAAGAUUAAAGGAAUAUAAGUACUCAACUCAACCGCUUAAAAUAGUGAACUUGAAUAAAUGUGUUUCCCUUCAACUCUUUUGUUUUUAAAAUUUUUCCUUUGGACAGAUGAAGAAAAAAGUUGAAGCUCUUCAUUGCACGAGGCAUUUUACCUCAUGUCUCCUCAGAGAUCCAAUCCUUCCUCGGGAUUCCAAACCCAACGUUGCUUCUCAAUUUUUGCUCUUUUAAGAUUUUAAAGAAUGAUAGUAUUUAACUAAACCCCUUAAAAUAGUGAACUUGAAUAAAUGUGUUUGCUUUUAACUUUUUUGUUCUAAAAUUUUUCCUUUGGGCAGGAAAAAGAAGAAGUUGAAGCUCUUCGUCUCAAGUUUGACAAUCAUUUUACCUAUAAGGACUUUAAGAGGCUACCGAAUUUAACGUUCCUUGAAGUUGACAACUUGAAGAAAGAUUUUCAUGCAGAAAAUAUGCUUCUUCAGCAGAAAUGGCCAUCAAAUGCUCUUCCAACUAAUGUUUUCCAGAAGAAUUUGGGUCUCCUUCCACGAUUACGAUGGCUUUCUUGGCAUAAUAUUCACCCAGAAUUUGAGAUUGCAAAUUUCUCCAUGAAGAAUUUAAUUGUCCUUGAUCUAUCUUUCAGUAAAAUUACACAUGCUUGGUGGGGGUGGAGCCACAUAAAGGUGAUGAAGAAUUUGAAAGUUCUAUAUCUGACCUAUUGCCGUAACUUGGAGAGAACCCCUUACUUCUCCACUGAUUCAAAUUUAGAACGUUUGAUCCUAUCAGACUGUUUACGUUUAAUCGAAAUUGAUAGAUCAAUUUAUCAGUUAAAACGCUUGGUUUUUUUAGAUGUAAGCAAUUGUAGGCAGCUUCAGAGGCUUCCAGAGACAAUUGGGAAUUUGGAAUCACUAACUAAGUUGGACAUAAGUAGCACGAAGAUCGAAGUGCUACCUAAUUCCAUUGUAAAGUUAAAGAAUUUGAAAGUAUUGAAAAUGCAGGCAGGUGAGAUAAGCAAACUACCUGAUAGCUUUUGGGCGAUGGAGAAGCUCGAAGAAAUAGAAAUUGUCGGGAAGAGAUAUCCUGGUGAGCAUUUCAACAUGGAAAUUGGCGAUUGCAUCUAUGGGAAUAAAUCUCUAAGGAUCCUGAGAUUGAUUGGGUGGAAAAUACACGCCCUACCGAUGCUUUGUGAAAGUCUUAUCAUAUUAGAACUGCAGGACUUGCACAUGGACACGUUUCCGGAUGUCUCAAAUCUCACUAAGUUAAAGCUAUUGCAUCUGGAGUUUGGCCCACCUAAUUCUGAUGGGAAUUCUGAUGGGCUUCUGGAAGAACCGAUACCACAGUGGAUUGGUAACUUUAGCCAAUUGGAGUGUCUGCAGCUGCGCUUUUUUGGGGUGACUGCCUCGUCGACAGACCUCAGCCUUCCUCCUCAUCCGCGUCGCCUCCCGAGGCUUCCCUCAAGUUUAUCCUCCUUACUUGUGCAAGGUUGGGAGCAACUUUGCUUGAUGGAUCUAUCGAAUUUGAGGAAACUAUCAUCUCUCUCGAUUUUGGGCUCUGCAGUUACAGAGAUUCAAGGCCUUGGUUGCUUGGAGAACCUGCGAGAUUUGGACCUUGAUGGGCUCGGACUGCUGGCGAUGCUACCUGAUCUAAGAAAGUUAAACAAGCUAAGGAUUAUUCGAGUAAUUGAUUGUGGUUAUCUGGUUGAGAUUCAAGGCGAACUACCGCGGUUUUUGGAUGAACUUAAUAUUGAUUCCUGCCCUUCGUUACUGGAGUUGCCCGAUCUGUUCAGCUUAAUGGGUAAGACAGUUGUUCGUAUACAUGAGUGCGGUCAGGCUCUUAGUCAUGCUUUCAUGGAUCGACAUCAGUUGCUGCUUUUGGGCUUUAAACAGCUGCAGAUCCUACCCGAUCUAAGCAAUUUGAACGAACUAACAUUUCUUCAAGUAGAAAACUGUGGUAAUCUGGUUAUGAUUCAAGGCGAACUACCCCAAUCUUUGGAAGAAUUGCACAUUGUAUCCUGUGGAUCUUUACAGAAGUUGCCUGAUCUGUCAACCUUGAAGGGACUACGAAAGGUUAUAAUAAAACGUUGCGGGAAAUUAGAUGUGGAGGAAAUUUCUUGGCUUUGCUCAGAGAAGUCGGUCGAAUUUGUGGGAGAAGACGAUGAUAGCAUGUUCGACUGGGUAUCUUUUUGAUGCAUGGCCACAAAUUGUUCCCUUGUGUUCAAACCUUAAAUGAAUUGAGGAAAGGUUUGAUUCUUUGUGGGAUUUGCAAAUGUUAUGGAGAAGUCAUGAAAUGAAGAAAGAGGAAUUUCGCUUAGGUAGCAGCAUCAAUAAUUGGUGCAGCACAACUUCCAUCCGUGACAGGAGAGGAGAAACUAUCUAGCCUCUCCAGGGUUACAUAAAUCAUCUUCUAGUUAAGGCUAACUCUCAGGAGAGGAGAACUAUCUAACUUCCAUGGAUUUAACCACAAUGAGGAAGCCACCGCAAUUCCGAGAUUACCAGUGUGGCAGCAUUGGCUAGAGCAGCAGCACCAGAAUAUUUUAUCUCAGCAAUGAUGCCUUCAAUUAUAGCAAUCUUUGACAGGCACACUGACAAAAAUCAUUCUGUGCAGCAAACUUCGCCUACAGGAUUAACUGAGAGAAUGCAGCAUUCAUUCUACCGGUAGAGAAUGAGCACCCUUUUGCCAAGACUCGAGAAUUGCACUCACUUACAAAAGAUUGGUAAGAAAAAGAGAGCAACUUCCCUCAGGGCCGCCUUCAGUAAAAGAACUGUGCAUUCAGAAGCAAUAUCCGCUUUAUUUCUAUCAUGAGACUCGCUCAUUUCCAGGAAAACAAAGGCAUUACUGCCAAAGUCGGUUAUGUGUCAUAUGCUACUUGCUGCCUCAGAAGAACCUUCAUCAAGUAGUGUUGGCUUUUCCAUGUAAGUGGAACCUUUCUUAGAACCUAGUGAUCAUAAAAGAAGAGCUUUGCACAAGCCAAGUGUCGAUUUGAGAAAAUCUUCCAUAUUCUUCGCAUGUACAAACUCCAAAAGGUUUCCAAUCUGCUGUACUUCUUUCAGCAGAGAAAGCAACUUGGGAUCCAUUUCCAGAGCCAAUGCUAGAGCCACACGCAGCUCAACAUCAUUCCCAUUUGCACAGGACGGAUCACUAAGUGAAAAUCUCAAGCAGUGGCUCACUGUCUUUGGUUGUAGAAUCUCAGAAAUUUUAGUCAAGUUGAACUCUAUGAGCAUCAGGAGGAGCUUCUGUGCACACAUUGGUAUCGGGAUCGUCAUCCUCAAUCAAGGUUGGGCAAAGAGGGAGAAAUUGCACCUAGGAUAUGGAUUUCAAGCCUGUCAGCCUAUGCUCUAACUCUUGAGUUUUGAUUAGGCAAACGAACAUCGCAUCAAACAGAAUCUUGAAGGAUGGAAAUUUGGCAUCACCAUCCUUGUUGCCCUUAUACAGAACAUCCAGACUCAGCAGAAUCCCAAAAGGAUGAAUACGUCAGAUCUUUCUCGAAUCCAGUAUGACUCCUCUGUGAUGGACUCAACGCUUGCAUUUUGAGCCAGCGAUGCAGAUUCUAGGAAUGGAUCAAUGUUGUGCUCUGGUUUUGUUUUUUAAUCCUGAACUGCUCUUGGAUUGUGUUUGUAAUUAGUGUGCUGAAUUAUGCUUCAUGUGAGUGUGAACCAUCUAAGUUUUGCCUGUCCAGUGUUUGGUGAUCAUGUGCGAUUUUGGUGUUUGAUGAAAUGAGCUAUGUGCUUGAGACUGUGUGCUGGAAUGUCACCUUCAAGAAGCACCUGAAGCUGAAGCUGAAGUGCAAGGUCUAUUGCAACGGCUUCCUCUCUCUCAGUACCUCCACCGGCAAGGUAAUGCUGUAUGAUGGCAGUAAGCAGCUGUUGGAAUGCAGGAUUUUGAAGAAUGAUGAAGUUAUUUGUUCCGCUUUGGUUGAGUUUCUGGAUAUGAGGUUCACUAUAAUCCCCUCUAUGAAAUACGAGAUGUUCCCACUCCUCAGAAACCGACAAAGAAACACUGGUUAUUUUAGAAGAAACUGGUCGCUCAUGAUGUCGCAACCUGCCGGAAAUUCUAAUCAAAUUUAUACUGUCCCUAUACCCUACAUAUAUAGAUUCUGGAUUCUAAAUAGCACAGCUUGCUUUACAUGCCUCCAAAUGACUCCUAACCAGCGGCCUUCCAGGACUAACUUUGUGGAAGGACUGGAAUCAGUAGACGCUGCCAUCACUAAUAGAAUACCACAGGAUGGUUAAAUUCACUUAUUAUGUCGUUCUUACUUCAUGUGAUGUAAGUCAAAGUUUGUUGUUCCCCGCUUUUCCAUUUUUCCCAGGAAUAAUCCUGGGCUCUGAAUGUUCAUUUCCAUUGUGCCCAGUAGUUACUAGGAGUUGUCUUCUCUUGUAAGUUCUUUGGAAUAUUCAUGAUGGUAUAUUAAUGCAUGCACCGCCUUGUGAA